UGGGUUUAAAACUACCUGCCUUUUCCCAAUGGAAAAGCUUUUUUCUGGUUGGUUACUAGCAAAUGUCAUAUGUACUCUGCAAUAAGCCUGUUGCUGUCCAAAUAGAUGAGAAAACCCAAAAGAUUUAUUUCCCCCGGAGGUUCGUGUUCUUAGGCAGAAAACAAACUUGUGUUUUCCAAGACUUUAGGAGGACAAGAGGUCCUACCCGCUUAGUCUAAUCUGUUUUAUCUGCUGUGAGACACUAUGUAUAUUUAUAUACCGAGCAACUGCAGGACAUCAGUUUCCAUUCUUAUCAAACACAAAUAUUUACCUGAUCCAAGGUCUGCUGAGAUCCAUGGCACUUUAAAAAAUGCAGCUUAACUAGAGAAAUCUCCUAUUUUUUUCCCAGUUUAAUUUUAGUUGGGUUUCAGGGUAUUUUCUUAGCAACUAAACAUUUUUUUAAAUUAAAGCAACAAACUGACACAUUAUUGCUUUGCUUUACUCACCACCUCAGCUGUGCAGACUCCCUAAUACACUUUCUCAGCUGCAAUUCCUGUCAAUGAGGAAAAUGGGAAUUGUUUUGACAUUAAUUGUCAGUGAGGAAUCGAAACACAGAAAUCAAUUAGCAAUUAAUAUUAUUUAAAUUUAAUGGAGACAAACCAUAUAAAAACAUCACAUGUGGUAUGACACAGCAAUUGAUGGAUUUCUGUUUAUCUCUGUGAGCAUCUCCAAGGGCAGCGUGGUAUUUCAUGUAAGAGGGGGCAAGAAGAGAGGUGGUGCAGGGAUCCAGAUAAAGGAAUUCAGUUGGUUUCAGUCAUCAGAGGGCUUCCAGUGCAAACUGAAGCAUGACCGAGGCCCGCAGAGGAUCUCAGAGAUCCAUGAGAGAGAUCUAGAAAUUAAAAGCAAGGGGUAAAAUCCAAGUGUUUUCUCGGCAAGAAUCCUGUGGCAGAAUGGAGCAAAGGAAAUAAGGAAGGAAAGGAAGGAUCUCUAAUCCCAAAAAGAUGGACUAGGUCAGUCUUACCAGUAGAAGACAUGGAGUACCACUCUAGUAGCCUCAAGUGCACCUGAAUGCUCAAACUGUCUGUGCCCCCAUGUCCCAGCCCCUCUCUCCCACAGAGGAGCAACAGAAAGAAAUUAAACAACUGCAGUUGAGGAGGGCAAGGAGUUCAGGACGGCUCUAAUCUCCUGAACUUGCUGGUGGGGGGAUGAGCAACUGCUUGUUUCGGGCCCUGGGCGACCAGCUUGAGGGGCACUCCAGGAACCACCUUAGGCAUCGGCAGGAAACAGUGAAUUACAUGGUGAAGCAGAGGGAGGACUUUGAGCCAUUUGUAGAGGAUGAUGUGCCCUUUGAGAAACACGUUACCAAUUUGGCCAAGCCUGGGACCUUUGCUGGCAACGAUGCUAUUGUGGCCUUUGCAAGGAACAAUCAAAUCAAUGUGGUUAUUCAUCAGCUCUAUGCUCCACUGUGGCAGAUCCGGGGCACAGACAAGAGCAAUGUGAGGGAGCUGCACAUUGCUUAUCGUUACGGGGAGCACUAUGACAGCGUGAGGAGGAUCAACGAUGACUCAGAAGCUCCGGCAUAUCUUCAGAUGGAGAUGCUUUGCAAAAACAAUGCAAAUAAGACAGAGGAAGUGAAGCCACAGAAGGGUGACUCUGAGGAUGAGACUGAAGUGGAAAUGGAAAGUGCUGUACAAAAAGUGUGCAAUGCAACAGGGUGUUCAGACAUGGAUUUAGUAAGCCACGUCCUGGAAGCGGAGGAUUACAACAUAGAAUCUGCAAUAUUUGCGAUCUUACAAGUGAAGGAAGGAGAAGGAACAAGUACCGAGGAGCAGCAGAAACCCCAGAGCAGGGAUCAGAAAUCCUGCAGCAAAACACUGUGGGAGGAGAAUGGAAGCGGUUCAAGAAUCUUUGGAAAUCAGAGCUUGCAUCAAAGUGAAACAGGAAACAACAAAGGACAGGCUGGAUCCAGUGGAGAGAACCAAGCCAGCAGGAAACCACAGGUAGCUAAAAAACAGAAGAAGGAACAGCAGAGGCUGGAGAAGAAGAAGCGGCAGGAGGAGAGGCACCGGCAGAAGGUCUUGGCCAUGAAGAACAACUGUGCAGACAACAGGACAGAGACAGACCCCACCAACCACAUCACCUUGGUGAAGACCAUGGCAGCCCUAAACAUAUGACUGAGCGUGUGCUCAGUACUCUGGGGAGAAAAGCAAAUAAAAUGGAUGAAGACAAAACUCCCCCUGAGCAAAUUUCCAGGCACCCUUUGUUACCCUAAAAUCGGUUUCUGCGAAGGUUUUCAAGGACAAGAGAAAUUCCUGUUCCUUUGGUUGCGGGGUGGACAGUUACUCAGUGAUUCUGCGUCAACCUGUGUGUGAGAAGAGUUGGUUGAACUUAAAAAGUAGAGACUUGGGUUUAUAAUUUUGGAGUUAGGUGAAGGUGAGAACCUUUUUUUCACAUAGCAGUGUCACGUUUGCUUUGACAUCUCUUGGUGUGCCUGGAUUUUUUUUUUUUACUUGCUUAUGCUUGGAGAAGCUUUAUUUUACCUUUCUGUCUCAGGGAAAGCUUAACAAAUCUCAACUCAGGAACAACUUUGGUGGGUUUUUUUCUAUUUAAAUUUAAAUGAAGUGAAUGAAGUCUCAGAAUCCUUUCCAAAGCAAAGUGUGUCAGCCAGGACUGUCUCAAACAUGACAUUCCUCUUUUCUUUGCCAGGCAGGAAUGCAGUGACAAGUUUUAAUCUCACUAGAACUGUUGGCCCUCGUUCAGAAGCGAUUAAUACGUAAAGGGAGAAUGGGAUUGCUGCAUCCAUGCUUGCUGAAGUUUGGGACCAGCUCCUUUGCUACCUGAGACCUGUAGAGAGACAUAAACCCACCCAAAAUAAUAAUACCAGUGGAGUCAUGAGGCUGCAGAGCCAACUCAUCUGAUCUGGUGAUGGUUGAUAAGGCUGUAAAAUGUGACAGGAGCAGGCAGGAGAUUUCUGGUGAGUGUUGUUACUUGGACAUCUGGAAUCUCAUCCCCUUUGUCAUAUUUUGGAGCUUUUGGGCUACUCCAGAGCUUUAGUCCAAGCCAGGAACUUGAUAGGUGUUAGUCUCCAAAUUACAUUAGUGUAGCUAAAGGAACAAGAGUCCUGGGAACAAGCUUCCAAGCAGCAGUACUCCCUGGGAAACCUGCCUGUUUCACUUCAUAAAUCAACCUUUUUCCAGGGUAGAAUUUUUCCAUCUUAAAUUCCAUUUUGGUGAGGUCACCAAGUAGGAUGUACAGCUUGACUCCAGUGAUAAUUUCCACUGUAGGACUGAGGAUUUGGACCAAGGUGAAAGGACUGUGGGAUUCAGCUCUGGAUUUAUGGCUCCCAGUGUUUCAGCGUUACUCAGGUUUUUGGAUUUGUGACAAGCACUAAGCUUGAAGAAAGCACACAUGCACUUACACAACAGCAGGAGGCACCUCAUCAGCCAGGGCAGAGGUGAAGGGGAGUUUUUGAAAGUAAGGAACGUUGCUUUUGAAAAAAAAAAAAUCUAUGUGUGCUUUGAAGUUUAUAAAUCAGCAUGAAAAUAUAAAUGCCUUUUUUUACUGAA